CCGCCCCGCCCCCCCGCCCCUUUCCCGGCGGGACGCUCGGAGCCGCCCCGGACUGCGCAGGGCGGCCGCCGAAGUCAUACCUUAUGGGUUCCUGUGGUAAAUGAGCUUUCCAGCGCAGAAGGGAAUUAAAGGAUGAUGGCUUCAUUCCAGCGCUCCAGCAGUCAUGACAAAGUGAGGAGAAUAGUUGCAGAGGAGGGUCGGACAGCAAGAAACCUUAUAGCGUGGAGUGUCCCACUGGAAAGCAAGGAAGAUGAUGCGAAACCUAAAUGUCAAACUGGUGGGAAACCAAAGAGGACCAUUCAAGGCAGUCACAAAACUACUAAACAGAACACUGCAGUAGACUGUAAAAUAACAACUGGAGAUAAACACUUUGAUAAGAGUCCCACUAAAACACGCCACCCUCGGAAGAUUGAUCUGAGAGCUCGAUACUGGGCAUUUCUUUUUGACAAUCUUCGCCGGGCAGUAGAUGAAAUCUAUGUAACUUGUGAAUCAGAUCAGAGUGUGGUGGAAUGUAAGGAGGUGCUAAUGAUGCUGGAUAACUAUGUAAGAGAUUUCAAAGCAUUAAUUGACUGGAUUCAACUUCAGGAAAAGCUAGAGAAGACAGAUGCUCAAAGCAGACCAACAUCACUGGCAUGGGAAGUCAAGAAAAUGUCUCCAGGACGUCAUGUGAUUCCAAGUCCAUCAACAGACAGAAUAAAUGCAACAUCCAAUGCUCGAAGAAGCUUAAAUUUUGGGGGUUCACCUGGCACAGUGUCAGCUCCCCGGCUGGCUCCCACAGGUGUCAGUUGGGCUGACAAAGUCAAAGCUCAUCAUACAGGAUCUGUUGUUUCUUCAGAUGUAGCCCCUGCCCAGCCUGGUCCACCAGUGACAGUACAGAAGCCUUCCCGCAAAAAUGACCGGAAAGAUGCUGAAGGAUGGGAGACGGUUCAGAGGGGAAGACCUGUUCGUUCACGGUCAAUAGCAGUGAUGCCCAAAGUUUCACUAGGAACCGAAGCAUUAAGGUCAAAGGAUGACAGUGAUAAAGAAAAUGUACUACUUUUACCUGAAGAAAGCAUACAGAAAGGUGAACUUAUUGGAGACCACUCUUCUCCUGCUUUAGAACCUCGGGCCAAAGACUCAUUACAUUCUUGUGAUCAUCCUCUUGUGGAGAGAACCCAGUUCACAGUGAGUACAUUGGAUGAUGUCAAGAAUUCUAGUAGUAAUUUCUUACAAGACACUUCUGUGCGAACUUCUGAAAUACCUGCUGUUCACAUUGAUUCAGAGUGUGUUGCAGUCACUCAGCAAGUUAACACACCUCCUUUGCAAACAACUGAAGACACAUUUUCAGCAGCAAAAGAGAGGAUAGAAAAUGAAAUGGACCCUUCAGAUAUUUCAAAUGUGAGUGCUGCCCACUUGUCCAUGGCAGAAGUUCUUGCUAAAAAGGAAGAGCUAGCUGAUCGUCUGGAAAAGGCCAAUGAAGAAGCUAUUGCUAGUGCUAUUGCUGAAGAGGAGCAGCUAACGAGAGAAAUUGAAGCUGAAGAAAACAACGAUAUUAACAUUGAAACUGACAAUGACAGUGAUUUUUCUGCCAGCAUGGGCAGUGGAAGUGUAUCUUUCUGCGGUAUACCUAUGGACUGGAACGAUGUCCUUGCAGAUUAUGAAGCUCGUGAAUCUUGGCGUCAAAAUACAUCUUGGGGAGAUAUUGUAGAGGAAGAACCUGCUAGACCUCCAGGGCAUGGAAUUCACAUGCAUGAAAAACUUUCCUCACCUUCCCGGAAAAGAACAAUUGCAGAAUCUAAGAAGAAACAUGAAGAAAAGCAAAUGAAAGCACAGCAGCUAAGGGAAAAGUUACGUGAAGAGAAAACAUUAAAACUUCAGAAAUUGUUAGAAAGGGAGAAAGAUGUACGGAAAUGGAAGGAAGAAUUGUUAGAUCAGCGGCGGAGGAUGAUGGAAGAGAAAUUACUCCAUGCUGAAUUUAAACGAGAAGUGCAGUUACAAGCAAUUGUGAAGAAAGCACAAGAGGAAGAAGCCAAGGUAAAUGAAAUUGCUUUUAUUAACACACUUGAAGCCCAGAAUAAACGCCAUGAUGUUUUAUCCAAACUGAAGGAAUACGAGCAGAGGCUUAAUGAGCUUCAGGAAGAACGUCAGAGAAGACAGGAAGAAAAGCAAGCACGUGAUGAAGCUGUCCAGGAACGGAAAAGAGCUCUAGAGGCAGAACGGCAGGCCCGUGUCGAAGAAUUAUUAAUGAAAAGAAAAGAACAGGAAGCUCGCAUUGAACAACAGAGGCAAGAAAAGGAAAAAGCCCGUGAAGAUGCAGCCCGGGAAAGAGCAAGAGACAGAGAAGAACGAUUGGCAGCACUCACAGCUGCUCAACAAGAAGCUGUGGAGGAGUUGCAGAAAAAAAUUCAGCUCAAGCAUGAUGAAAGCAUUCGAAGGCACAUGGAACAGAUUGAACAAAGAAAAGAAAAAGCAGCUGAGUUAAGCAGUGGACGGCAUGCAAAUACUGAUUAUGCCCCCAAACUGACCCCUUAUGAAAGAAAGAAGCAGUGUUCUCUCUGCAAUGUCCUGAUCUCUUCAGAAGUUUAUCUUUUUAGUCACAUUAAAGGGAAAAAACACCAGCAAGCUGUGAGAGAGAAUAGCAGUAUCCAAGGACGUGAGCUUUCAGAUGAAGAAGUGGAACACCUUUCCUUAAAGAAAUAUAUUAUUGACAUCGUGGUUGAAAAUACAGUUCUACCAGAGCCCCUGAAAGAUGGAGAAGAUCGGCAAAAAAAUAAAAAGAAAGCCAAGAAGAUAAAAGCCCGGAUGAAUUCCAGGUCCAAGGAAUUUGAAAGUUUAACGGAAUCUACAAACUCUGGCUCUGAUUCACCUUAUAAGGCAAAGCUUCAGCGAUUAGCCAAAGAUCUUCUCAAGCAACUACAGGUACAAGACAGUGGCUCAUGGGCAAACAUGAAGGUUUCUGCUUUAGAUCGAACCCUUGGCGAGAUUGCUAGAAUUUUGGAAAAAGAGAAUGUGGGAGAUCAGAUUGCAUUUCAAGUUGCUGGUGGAUUAACAGCCCUUGAACACAUUCUCCAAGUAGUGGGCCCAGCUACAAAUGUGAACACAGUUUCACGGAUUCCUCCUAAGUCGCUCUGCAAUGCAAUCAAUGUUUACAACCUCACCUGCACUAACUGUUCAGAAAAUUGCACCAAUGUUCUGUUUAGUAACAAGAUUACCUUUUUAAUGGACCUCUUGAUACACCAGUUGACGGUUUAUGUUCCAGACGAAAAUAAUGCUAUUUUGGGAAGAAACACAAAUAAGCAAGUUUUUGAAGGCUUGACAACUGGACUUCUCAAAGUUAGUGCUGUGGUUUUGGGCUGCCUGAUUGCCAACCGACCAGAUGGAGGCAGCCGGCCAGAUACACCAAAAAUAUCAACACAGGAAAUGAAAAACAAACCCUCCCAAGGUGAUGCUUUUAACAGUCGCAUUCAGGACCUCAUCAGCUACAUGGUGAACAUAGGUCUGAUCGACAAGCUCUGUGGUUGCUUCCUGUCAGUGCAAGGGCCAGUGGAUGAGAAUCCCAAGAUGGCUGCCUUCCUGCAGCAUGCCACAGGACUCUUACACGGAAUGUGCACGCUGUGCUUUGCUGUCACUGGAAGAUCGUACAGCAUAUUUGACAAUAACCGCCAAGAUCCCACAGGACUGACCGCUGCUCUUCAGGCCUCAGACCUGGCUGGCGUUCUGCACAUGCUCUACUGCGUCCUCUUCCAUGGCACCAUCACAGACCCCAGCAUGGCCAGUCCCAAGGAGACUUACACUCAGAACACAGUCCAAGUGGCCAUUCAGAGUUUACGUUUCUUCAACAGCUUUGCCGCACUUGACCUGCCUGCUUUUCAGUCUAUUGUAGGGGCAGAGGGCUUGUCCCUAGCAUUCCGGCACAUUGCCAGCUCCCUCCUGGGCCACUGCAGCCAAGUCUCCUGUGAAAGCCUUCUCCAUGAGGUCAUCGUCUGUGUGGGCUACUUCACUGUCAACCACCCAGAUAACCAGGUCAUUGUGCAGUCAGGCCGCCACCCCACGGUGCUGCAGAAGCUCUGCCAGUUGCCCUUUCAGUAUUUCAGUGACCCACGGCUGAUCAAAGUGCUGUUCCCUUCGCUUAUCGCUGCCUGUUACAACAACCGUCAGAACAAGAUUAUUCUGGAGCAAGAAAUGAGCUGUGUUUUGCUGGCCACGUUCAUUCAGGAUUUUGCACAGACUCCAGGUCAGACAGAUAACCGGUCUUAUCAGCCCAAAGGAAAAUGCCGUGGCUCCCAAGACUAUCUUGAACUGGCUAACAGAUUUCCUGAGCAGGCCUGGGAAGAAGCUCGACAGUUUUUCUUAAAAAAAGAGAAAAAAUAAACAUCUUUAGUUGUUUCUGUAUUUAAGCACCCUUGUUAAUAUUUUGUAUUAUUCAAACAGACACUUAAAUGUUCCUUAAGAAACUCAUUUUCACAUGUUUAUACUCUCUCCCGAUCUCUGCAGUGUAGAUACGGUAUAUACUUUGCACUAUUUAUAAUGUCUGUAGAUACUUCCAUGUUCUUUCUAAUUCUGCAAGUUGGGUUUCAUCUCUUCACAUUUUGGAGUUUGGUAAUAUCCACUUUAUGGUAAUAUAUUCUUUACGUUUGUACUAUGGUUGAACUUAGAAAUAAAGUUAGCAGGUUUGUUUAUGUUCUUGUAAUAAACUAACUUAUUCUGUUUGCAAUGGGGACUUUUUCUUGUUAAAGCAAUCAAUACACACUUGAAAGAAAAAAAUGUUAACUCCCAUUCCAGAAGUAUCUUAAUUAAAUACUCAGGUUACUCUGCUCUCCUUUUUUUUUUCUUUUGAAAAGUUUGGAGUAAAACUGUUUAUAACACUUUUACAUGCUAAUUACAUAUGCUUGGCAGCCUGUUUGAAAUAAAUUUCAGAGUAUUAUAUUCAUUGGUCCACCUAAACUCUCCUGGCUGAACUGAAACUAUUCUCCAGAAUUAAAAUUUGUAAAGAAGAAAAUUGCUAGCCAUAGAGAAUCACCCUGAACAGCAUUUUCUCAAAUAACUGUGAAAUGAAACCACACUGAAGUAAAAGUAAAACAAGAUCCGCAUUUUCUGAAUAAAACUUUUACCUUCCA